AUGAAAGCGGCACAAAGAGUAGCAAAAUCGAAAGCUGCCGUCAAGAAAUGGCGUCAAAAAAUUAUCGUCAAAAAAGACAACCAAGGCAAUGAUCAGCAGGAUGAAGUUGAUUCUAAACAAGCUGAUGAAGAAGCCAAGAAAAGUGAAAAUUCUGAUGGCGAAAACCAAGAUAGCAGCAUACAGUUUGAUUUUGGCGAACAAUCCAAAUCCUAUUAUAAACAGGUUCUCUAUCAGGCUCUUGACAGAGAUGUCGACGCUCAGUUAACUAUGGGUAAAUUCUACCUAUCAGGAAAGUAUGUCAAGAAAAAUCUAGUUACCGGCGUAGAGUGGCUUAUUAAAGCAUCAGAAGAAUGCAAUAAAGAUGCAACAUUCAUCUUAUCAGAAUGUUUGCGAAGAAAUAAAGGUAUAACUUCAGAAAAUCGAGCUAAAGUUAUUUGGUGUGUUAAUACUAGCGAUCGUAUAAAGAAGCAAAAAAGCCAAGAAAGGAAACUAUUACAUCGAUUAAAGCAUGCCAAGAAAAUUGCAGAUGAUGAUGAUAUUGCUUUAGCAUCGACUACCACCAUCAAUCAGAAAGAGAUAACUAGAGGUGCCCCAUCGGGUGAAGUAUUAUCAUUGAAAGAAAUUGCUGAUGCUUAUAAAUUAGCACGAAAUAAUAGUCCAAGUCCAAAUGGAAUGCAAUUCACGAUCGAUAAUAGUCAGAGCAAUAUCCCUGCUGAUGAUGGAAAAGAUUCUCAGCCAACGGUCGAUAGUCAGCAAUCGCAGAAUCCGUUUGAAAAUAAUCAUGUAGAAAAUAACUCCAUUAGUCCAAAUCGUGAAGAGGAUGAAGAAGAUACCCAAGCCAACUCUGCAGAUGAUCAAGAUGAAAAAAGCAUCCAAAAUUUCAAUCAAGGUGCAACUAGUUUGCUAGAAACCGACGAUUUAGACGAUUUCUUAUAUGUAGCAUUUGGUAGCGACGAUAAUGAUGAAGCAAGCUUAGCUGAUAAUAGCGAAUAUCAAUCCUCUCCUAAUAAAAUGCAGUCUCGUGUAGCAUAUAAAGUUUCAUCGGUAGUGAGUAAAUGGCGACAAAGCAAGAAACAAUUAAGUCGUAGCUCAAUGAAUGUGGAUACAACACCUCGCUCGUCUCGAAAUUCUUCACGAAAUCCAUCUACUAACAGCCUAGAAUGGAAUAGUACAUUGCAUCAGCACUCUUACCAUGGCCAAUCAGGAAGUGCUGCUGGCUCUACAUCAAGCUUGUCGGAACAAUCGCUCGAUAUCCAAGCUGAAAAACUUUCCAAUAGCGCCAAUGAUUUAAGCCAUAUUGAACGCCCAACUAUUCCACACCGAGGUCGAUCUUUUACCAAUUUAGAUAAGCUAAAAUUUCGCCGAAGUCUAGCAUCAAGUUCUCUUCAUAAUCAAAUUAUCCUUGGCUCUAAUAUUUCAAUCACGCAUUCUUACCAUUCCGACAGUAAUGAUAGUAAUCCAAACGAAGUUCAAGAUCAUAAACCUGGAAAUCCUUUCGAAUUGGAAGAUGAAACAUCUGCUUCACCAGUAACUGCUCCAAGUCUAAUUCAUCCUAGCCAAGAUGAUGGUAUUCCUCAACCGAAUAAAGAGAUUGAAAAUGAGAGCCAGAAAGGAUUUAAUCAGUUGGCAGUCAAUCAACAGGAAGAAUAUAAGAAAGAAACCAGCCUGUCUAGCCAGCAAAUUAGACAUGAAGACGGUAUUCAUCAAGGAUAUAACUCGGAGAAAUUGAACUCCUAUCAUGAAAGUCAGUAUGAUAUCAAUCCAACCUCCAAUUUGGUACAAUCCAAGCAAUCAGACGAGAAUCAUGACGAGAAUCACGACGAGAAUCAUGGCAAAAGUCAGAACGUGAGCCAUGAAGAAAAUCAUGACGAGAACCAAGAACAGGAAGCCUCGAUAGGUCAUUCUCAUACCAUUGGAGAUCAUGACAACAUGACCGAUAUUCAAAAGGCUAAAAGUUCACAACUAUCUGAUAAUAGCAGUAACUGUGAAAAUGUAGAAUCUCAAGAUGAGAAUGAUCCAUAUUCCAAUAGUGAGAAAGAUAGACAGGAAACUGAUAAUACAUUAACAACAGAGAGCCAACAGAUGCCAUUAAACGGCCAAGAUGUUAAUACACCCGAUGGAAAUUUGUUAAGAUCAUUCUAUCAAGGAAGAGUUAAAUCAAGUAUUAAAAGUAAAGUAGCCGGAUCGCGUGGAAAAUCCAUGAAGAAAAAUUUAGAUUCUAUCAAGAAACUAUCCAAUAAACGUCAAGAUACGGUGGAAUUUGAAUCAGAAGAUUUUAUAUGCGUUGAUUUAAUCUCUGGUCGAGCUGGUAAUCAAGAAAUAAAGGAAGAAAAUAAGGAUAAAGAUGCCGAUACUAAAACUACAUCAGCACGCCAAAGUCAAACUUCAAUUACAGAAAGUUUAGCGGAGUGUACAAGCGUUGAUAGUGGCAUGGAAACACAUCAAACAGGAGAUGAUCAAGAUGCCGAUCACCAGGAACGAAGGCUUUCUGCAGAAACCAAGCAGUCCAAUAGCUACCAUGGUGUUGAAGAGGAAAAGGACGAGCCCAAUCAUACGCCCAUCUUGACCUUGUAUGAUUUAGAAAAAUUACGUCCAUUCCAUAGCGUAGAAACCAAUCCAAGCUCCAUUUGGAGCUUUAAUACAUUUUUAACGCCAUCGAACGAUCAGGAAAAUGGGCAAGAUGUCAAUAAUUCCAAGCAAUUACCUGCAACAGUUGAAAAGGAAUCUGCUAAUCGUUUAUCCGCUCAAGAAGAGAAUAUCCAAUCCUCUUCAGUAUCUUCUUCCGUUGCAAAUAAUAGUAAAAAAUCAGAAGAUGGAGAAGACGAUACAAAUUCAAAGUCGAAUAUUCAUCAGCUUGCUGCAGAAAACAACUUGAUAACCAAUAUUCAUCAAUCGGUUACAGAAAAUGAUGCCAAUUCAAUGUCUGCUGUUCAACAACCAGCUGCAAAAGAAGACGAAAACUCAACAUCUGAUAGUCAUCAACCAGGUACAGAAGAGGAUGAAAACUCCGUAGCCAAUAUUCAACAACCCGAUGAAGUCUUUAUGGAUAAUCGUUCUCAGCUUAUCCAUACUGACGAUAAAGAUAAAGAAUCACAGACUACCAAUGAUGAAAAACAAGAAGAUGAAGCAGAUAGCCAAGCUGUAGGCCAAGAUGAACAUAAAGCCAUCAGACGUAAACCAACAGAAAGUGGCUUCCAAAUUAUCGAUGAUAAUGAACUCUUUGCUGAGGUUGCUACCGUAAACCACCGUCGAGGUAGUUUUGUAUUAGAUAAAUUAAAGAUGAAAAAAAGGCUUCAUUAUUCCAAGGAGAAGAAAGAUUCAAUAUCACGCGAUAAUAGCAUAGCAUCCAGCGCAAAUUCAUCCUCUCUCGCCAUGAAACGAAGGCGUAAUAGUAGUGCAAGCACAACGGGUAAUAGCUAUGCAAGAAAUGAAGAAGUCCAUGCCAAUAAUAAGGAUCCUCAUCAACCACAAAUCGACUCCAUCAAGAGAUCGAACUCGACUUCAUUUCCAAUUGAGACAACAGCUACUGAAGAGAAAGGUAGCCCUACGACAGAAAAUAUCAAGCCAAAUCAAACCUCUGAGGAAAUGCAAACACCACUUACUGUACAUCAAGAUACCUUUGCAAAUCAGAAUAUUGAUUCCAGCUCGGCAGCUGUAGAACCUACCAUGGAGAGCUCGAGCAAGGUAUUUCUUCGUAAACGUUUUCCUGAUUUAAAAACUCGCCUUCGAGGUGUCAUCAGUAAAGGCAAUCAUGACGAGAGCAAUAAACUCAACACUAAUUUAAUUAAGCGAGGAAGGAAAAAAUCAGUUCAUCGGCGCAUUAUUAAGCUUCCAGUAGAAUCGAUUGCUGAAAAUACUACAGAAAAUGAAUUAAAUCUUAAUCAAAGUAUACCCACCAGUGAUCAUCCUGAUGACAUAGACCAUCCUUCAUCUCAACAUGAACAAGAAAUCAAGCGUAAAAUAUAUCGUGAGACAAGUUCAUUUUUAACAUUUGCUUCUUUCGAUGUUGCUAAUGAUGGAAAUAAUGAAGAAAUCGGUCAUCAAUCCAUCAACAAUUCUGUUCUUGAUCGUUCAAGUCGAUAUCUUGUUUUUACUGAAGAGGUAACCGAUGAGGAAGAUGAUGAAGAUUAUAACUCGGAUGAAGAUUAUAUCGAUGAAGAAUAUGAAGAAGAAAUCCAAGAUGAUUCCCAACGUUAUUUAACCGUUGUUUCACAAGGUAACGAUGGAAAUAGUACAUCAGAGGAUAGAAGUAGUUAUACAAGUGAUGCAAGCUCAGAAAAUGAUCCUGCAAUCCAGCAACCAACAACAGAUAUCCAAAGCAUCGAUGGCUCCAUGCUACCAUCAUCCAAUCAAAGUAAAAGUGAAACCGACUCUAUCGCCACUAGGACAAUACCACUAGAUCAUCCAGCAAUAGAUUUAACCGCUACUAAUUCUAAACUUGAUGAACGAGUUGAUCAAGAGAAUCACGAUAAUAAUGAUGAUGGUGAUGAUGGUGAAACAUCCAACCCAAUCGAUGAUCAUCGAGACGAUGCUAAUAGGGCCAGUAAUAGCAAUGCCAACACUAAUGUAAUUAAGAAUCCUUUAUCAAGGGAAGCAGCAAGGCGCCGCUUAACUGUAUUAAAGGGUAAACUUAAACAUAUUAUUAAUCUAAAUGAGAAUAAUAAAUUAAAUUGGAAUCCUAUUCAUGCAAGUAGCGAAUCCUUAAGUACAGGCGUAACUCCCCAAGCUACGUCACCAGAAAUUUCUCCUAAAUUAAGGCGCAAGCAAUAUGCUUCCAGCCGUCGUCAAUCGAAAGAAUCCAAUACAUCAGUAGAGAAAAACGAGGAAAAUAGUGAUAUCAAUUACCGUUCUAAACGGAUGACAAGAGAGAUUUUGGAUAGCUUUGAUUGUAUUUCUGACCUCGAUGAUCAUGACGAUGAUGAUGAUGAUCAAACAGAAUUAAAAUUGGAUCAAAGUAAAACUAUAACUGCCAUUGAAGAAGUUACGGAGAACGAACUCUUACCCAAUCAAGGUGGAAAGGAUAAUGUUACAGAUCAUGGUGAUAACCUAGACGAAGAAAAGAACAAGGAAGAAGACAACGAUCCAAUGACGCUUAUAGAGGGGAAAAGUAAUCCAAGUAAAACACCAUCGACCAAGAAAAAACGCAGUCAUGAAAAGAAACAUUACCAUAUUCAUGAUGAAUCCUUUUCUUACGAUGAAUGUUUCCAUCAUGCUCAAGAUGGCCAACAACAUGCACAAUUAGCUGUAGGUAAAUGCUAUUUGCAAGGUAUUCAUGUUGAGAAAGAUCCUAUCCAAGGUGUCCAUUGGUUGAUUAAAUCAUCAGAGCAAAGCAAUAACGAAGCAACAUCAUUAUUAGCGCAAUGCCAACGCGAUAGGAUUGGUAUUACAAGGCAAAAUAAAGCCGAUGUCAUUUGGUGUGUUAUAUCUACCAAUCGUGAGAAAAAAUCACGCAUGGCUAUUGCUAAAAUGUAUCUGAAAAUUAAAAAUGCUAGUCAGCCGGCAGAAUGGACAGAUCAUCAAGAAGAAGCUCAAGAUACACCAAUCCAAGUAUUAGAAAAUCAUGAAAUACCAACUGAUUCAAGCCCAGUUCAUCCACAAGAUGAUAGCCAGAAAUCGACUCAAUAUGCUUCUCUAUUAGGCCAAUUUAUUCAAGCUAAUACAACUUCUAAAAUCCAACAACAAACUAGUCAUGACAGCGGUAAGGAAGAACAUCACCAAGCUACGACCAAGAAUAAAGCAGAGGAUAAAGCAGACUCAUCCACAACGGAUAAUCAUGUAUUCAACGAUGAAAAUAUAAAUCAGCAUGACGAAGAUUUGUCUGCUGCUACAGACAAGCAACUAGCAUCACCUAAAAUGGCUUCCAUAGUAUUGCAAGCCUUUGGUAAAAAACUUGAAGAAAAUCAAUCACAAGGUCAAGCUGUCAACAAGAGUGGUAUUUUAAGUCAAUUUGUCCGACAAGCUAAAGAUAGUCAACAAGAUCAAAAUCAUCCAUCCAAUGCAACGUCGGGCGAGAUGUUAAAGAAUAUCUUCCAGCCUAAAGUUCCUGCUACGCCAGGAGAUAAUCCUAUUGAUGGUAAACAGGAUAGGAAAACAAGCAAACAGCUAUUUAAAGAGGAAUUACAGAAAGCAAGAGAUGGCGAUGCUGAUGCACAAUUGCAAAUAUCCAAUUUUUACUUUGAAGGAUUUGGUGUUAAAAGGAAUCGUAAAGAAGCUUUACAAUGGUUAAAGCUAAGCUCUGAUUCUGGUAAUCAACAAGCAGCUGAAAUGUUACAAGAUUAUGAAGAUGAAAAUCAUAAAAUACACGUACGACGAAAAGCUUCUAUACGCUGGCAAAGUGCUAUGGGAAAAGCCUUGGAACGUUAUGUCCAAUCCAAAGAAGAUGAAAAUGAUUCCUUCUUAGUUGGCAAUAAAAAACUUCAAUCUAAUUCGACACCGAAACCGGUCCAAGGAGCCACAACGUUGCACAAAUUAAUACAAGAUGUUCAACAGAAUAAGAAAAUGGUCUCGUCAGUAAGUACUGUAUCGACACCAUCUACUCCAGAAGAAGCAAAAGAUGAAGAAGUCUUUCUUGAUCAAGCUACAAACAACCACAAUAAAGAAAAAUUACCGAUUGAGGAAGAAGUUCAGCGAAAAGCUAUGACCAAGGAAAGUGAAUCGGAAAAAAUGGAAGAAAUCAUGUCCGAUAACAAAGAUGAAGGUAUGUUUGAUGAAGAUUGGGAAGAAAUUGCCAAGUUACCACCAUUAGAAAGGAUCAAAAUGACAUCCAAAAAGAUACUGGUUGAUUAUCCUAAACGAACUCUUCUUGCUGCAGAAGACUUCAUUGUUGGCAAAGCCUCGCAACAUAGUGAAGAAUUUUUCCAAUCGCUUUUACCCACCGAACAAUUACAAACUUUAGUAUUACUCUUCAUUUAUACCAAUUGUACAUCAGCUUUAUUAUUUACAGUAUUACCACCUUUAUUUUUCCUCAUUGGCUUUAUGGUCUUGGUAAUUUGUACUUUAAUGAUAUUUAAACAACGUAAGAUGAUAGCAAACGGUCAAAUUUGGACUAAAUUAUUUCAACAAAAGCAAAUAAAAUCCAAUACACUAACAAGUGAUACUAACCGACAAGAUCAAGACCAAGUAUUUAUCCUUCGUCCUUAUUUAAUCUUUUUUAACGUUCUUUUCAGUACUUUAAUGUUUUUUGCACUGUCUAAUAAAUCAUGGCUACCAUGUCCAGAAUUAGCACUCAUGUCAAUGUGUGUCGUUGUGACUGGAUUUGCUUUGUUAUCAUCACAAAAUGAUAUUGCCAUCAUGGCUGUUAUCAUGCGUAUUUUAUCGGCAUUUUUAGCUCACAGUGAUAGCAUACCAACAUGGUUGCCUUUUCGUUGGUUAUUGACCUUAUUUGCAAGUAAUUUUCUAUCAACUGAAAUUAUUGGUGGGCUGCAUUUAAAUUUUAGCUUAGCAUCUUGUGUUCACUUAAUCUUUCCUGGUCUCAUGGUGACUAUGGCUAGUCGACAUAAAUGGCAAGGUACCCACCAAAUAUUAAUACCUCACUUAACAUUUAUUGCAUGGUGGCAAUUGAUGAUUGAGCUAUUUCGUUAUUCUACUUGGUCGGGAUUAUUACGUGGUUCUGUCGGUUGGUUGGCUGCAUUUACAUUACUUGGUAUGGUAUUUGGUAUGAUUAUCCGAUUAUUAUUUCGUUGUGGUAUUGUAGAUCGAUUAUUUCGUGUUGUUGCAACAGCUGCAGUACCUAAGACACUGGUCGAUCAAGGUUUAGUUCUUGAUGAUGAUGAUAAUCAAUCGAAUCUGUCACAAGGAGAUGCAAAAGCUAAUUCUAGUCAUCAUAACAAGUUAACAAUGAGCAAGAAAAGUCUCUUUUACUUGAUGUUAGGGCUAGUAUUGUUAUUUUUUAUUAUUUCUAAUAUUCCAUCAUCGAAUAAAGAUAGUAGAAUAUCAUGGUCGCAAUAUGUUGCCCAUUGCGGUCCACCAGCUUGGCAUUCAAGUAAUCAAGCUCGUGUUCAAGUACAAUGUCGCCAAUUAGCUGAUCAAAUUGUUACCUGGUCGGGUGAAAUAGACACAAUUGAAGUCGUCGAUAUUGAUAAUAAAUUUCAAGAUAUGUUUAGUAGUUUACCCUGGUUAAUACAUCAAUGGUUAACUUGUGUUUUCGGUAAAAAGUAUACAGCCUGUGAUAAUCCUGAUGAUCCAAUAUGUCGUUUAAGGCGUCAAGAUGGUUGUCAUCUACAUAAUAAUGAUCAUUAUAAAUUUCAAAUUCGUACUAAAAUGCCAAUACCACAACGCGGUAAUGAAUUAGAUGUCCUUUUAGAAGCUGAGCAUGAUUUUGCUACACAAAUCUAUCAAUUACGUCAAGGUAUGCUAGCCGAUUUUAAAGGUAUCUUAAAGAGCAAUUUAGGCGGCGAUACACCAGUCCUUGAAUUAAUAUCUAUUAAUUCUGAAGGAUUAAAGAAGCAAAGUAUAUAUCAGGAUAAUACAACGUUAAUGGUAUUCCAUUUUCUAUUGCAAUUUAUCUUUUAUCCUAUGUUGACUAUGAGUGAAUAA